UCAUGACUCUGACGUCAUCGAAGCGUUUGACUAGGUAACAAUUGCCCUGAAGCGGCCCGGUGAUUUUUUGGGGAGCUUCCUUUUAUGAUUGCUUUAAAACAUGUCUUGCCUCAUUAGCUGUUGCUCGUGUGUGCGUACUGGGGACGCCGACAACCCAUCCGAAGAGCAAGCUGAGAAGCAGGGCUUAAUGCAAGCCAAAUCUGCAAGAAAAGUAUAUCGAUCCACACAAGAUGUGGCCUAUAAAAGUGGUAAAAUAUUUCUUCGGCACGUGGGAGUAUUAGAGCUUGAUAGACGAUUCAUGGAUAUUGCUGACACCUUUAAUAAGCAGCAAGAGCAUCAUCAGUGCCUGACUGAAAAAUUAAGACUGCUAAAAGAAUGUUAUAAAUGUUCGCCUGCAAGUUCCUUUAGUGAAUGUUUCCAUAAAAUACGAGAACAACACAGUGCUUUCUCCAUUGAUGUUCAAAUGAGUGGUUAUGAUUUUUCAGCCACUGUACAGCCAGAAAAUGCUCCUGCCGAGCUGAAAGCGGUGCAGGAGCACGUAAAAUGUUUGUCUCAAAAUUCAAAAUCAAUCAUGGCUGCUGGCCCAAAGCUUCAAGAGAUGAUCAGCUCGAUGCUUCAGAAUGAGCAUCAGAUCACAGAGAUGGUGCAGAAGGCAAACCAGGCAUAUCAGGAGCAGCUACGUUAUGAAGCCAAUCUACAGGACAAUUUUCAGGAAAUUCACAGAGCAAGAGAGCUUUCUAGUGAAUACAGAGAGGAUGCCAGCAGUUUACUCACUGAGGUUGCCUUGCUUGCUAGAGUAUCACUUUAAUAUUGCAGUUCGAUUUGGGGAAAAAAAUAGAACACAUACCUUUUUUUUUGUUCAUUCAAGGAAUGAAUUGAUUUAGAAAAUGCUAAAAUUAUUCCUCAAAAUCCUAGAAUGCUUGCUAAUGCCAAUAUUAGCUGAAAAAGCUUGAGUCUCUACUAAUGUGCAGAAAUUAAAUAUGUUUACUAUAUAGGGAUUCUAAUUAGACAGUUUCAUGCUUCAAGAAAAUGAAAUCUAAAUGAUACCUCUGACUUCUAACAUGCAGAUGUUUCUCAUUUCAAACGGCAUCCAGGUUUUGUAAGUAUUGCAAGACAGAAUUUGUCAGGACAUUUUGUAGUUUUAAACAGUGUACAGCACAAAAAGUAAAUAAGCCUUAAGAUCAUGUCAUGUUUUGUAUGUUGGUAGCAACAUAUAUGCUGUAUUUUAUUAACAGAUUUUCCCAACAUAUUUUAAUCAGUUUGUAUUAAUGUUUGAACAUCUAAGAUAAUAAAACAUACUGUAGGAAAGCUAAGAGAAGAUGUCAAUGAUCGUCUGUCAUAGAUAAACCGUUCUUCUCUCUCUUCUUUCUCACUUCUUUUCCACAAUGUGUAUGGAUUUUCCUAACAUUAUGAAAUGCAAUUGUAAAUAUAAAGAUAUGUAAAGUCUGCAGAUUUUAUUUUAUCAAGUAUUUCUUGUUGUGCUGUCUAAUUAAUACCCUUAUUAGAACUUUGGUGCUUGUUAACAAUUCUGAUUGUCCUGCUCAUCAAAUCAAACCAAAAUUAGGAAACUGUUUUAAUAUACAGUAAACAUUGUAGAAAAUGCCAUAGACUGGCAGGCUUAGUUUUUAUUUUUGUACUUAUGUGGGAGGUAAAAGGCAGCCUGGUGAGAUGUACCAUGGUUGACUUAAUAAAUGUAAAUGUGAAUGCAUGCCUCCAGCAGGAGCAAACUCCAACAAAUCAGUCACUUUCUAUUAAAGUAUACCACAGGCUAAUGUCCUUGGCUUUUAAAUAUAGUAUAUUUUCUUUGUGGCAGAAAUCCCUUUCAGGAAGAAGAUGACUAGCCCCAGAAUACUUGGAAAUGUAGCUUAAAUCACGUUGGUGCCACCUUGUAUGUAACAUACUAUUACAAUGUGUCUGUCAGCACCAAGUUUUUCCUAUUUAAUGGCCUUAAUAGGAAGUGACAGAUGAAGUUCAGUGACUGCUGUCAGACCAGUAACCCCAACUAAGUGCUAGACAGGGAAAUCACAGCUCAUCUGUUGUGAAGGUGACAUACUGUAUGCAUUUGUUAACUGAAACAACAAAGAAUUUUGGACUGUUUUUUGGGAAGUGUCAAAAGAGUAAGGUAAUAUGUGUGGAACUGGUUUCAAAGUGCAAAUAUCUGCCAGCACUGUUGUGCAGUAGAAGCAUUUUUGUCUUGUAUGUGGUCUGUUCACUGUUUUAUGUUAAGUCAUUUCUUUCUUUUGCUAACAAGUCUUUAGCAGCUUCCACUUCUUUGAUAUGCAAAUUUAAUAUAAAGAUUAAAAUGUGAGCUGUGCAUCAAA